AUGUACAACGACCUCGACGAGUACGCUCUGGACAGCUUGCACAACAACCUCGAUGUGUACAUUCUGGACUACCUGUACAACAACCUCGACGAGUGCGAGUACAUCGUGCCCUCUGGGGGACUCAGGAGAUACCCGGAUCACAACAUCCUGGACACU